AUGGUGGUAGUUGCAUUAUCCUCCUCUCUACCAGCCGGCAGAAACCUCUUCUCCUCCUUACCAUCAACACCGCCUCUCCCCGACCGCACCGCCGCCGUCUCCGCCAGUCCACCGCCGCCAAUCCCCGUCCCCAAGUAUCCCCCUCCCCGUAAAUCCCAAAAACCUCCUCAACCCCCGUCCCCGAACCCCGGUCUCAAAUACCACCGCCACUCCAAGUACCACAAGCGCGUGCCGCGCGACGGCGUCGUCAUCUCCGAUGACGCAGACCGGUCCGUUAUUAUCGGUGAGUCCGGCGUAUCGUACCUGCUCCCCGGCGCGCCGUUCGAGUUCCAGUUCAGCUACUCGGAGACGCCGAAGGCGAAGCCGAUAGCGAUCCGGGAGCCGGCGUUCCUGCCGUUCGCGCCGCCGACGAUGCCGCGGCCGUGGACGGGGAAGGCGCCGCUGAAGAGUAAGAAAAAGAAGAUUCCGCUGUUCGACUCGUUCAAUCCUCCACCCCCCGGCACGAAGGGCGUGAAGCGUGUGGAAAUGCCGGGGCCGUUUCCCGUGGGGCACUUCCCGAAAGAGGGCAAGACGAGGGAAGAGAUUCUUGGGGAACCUCUGAAAAGGUGGGAGAUACAAAUGCUUGUUAAGCCCAUGAUAUCUUAUAAUCGCCAAGUUAAUCUUGGAAGGGAUGGGUUAACGCAUAACAUGCUGGAAUUGGUACAUUCACAUUGGAAGCGUAGCCGUGUCUGUAAAAUUCGUUGUUUAGGUGUUCCAACUGUUGAUAUGGAUAACGUUUGCCAUCAUAUUGAGGAGAAAACAGGGGGGAAAAUAAUUCAUCGAGCAGGUGGUAUAGUGUACCUUUUCCGAGGCAGAAACUACAACUAUAGGACUCGUCCACAGUAUCCAGUGAUGCUCUGGAAGCCAGCUGCUCCUGUUUACCCAAAGCUUAUAGAAGAUGCUCCAGGAGGACUAACGAAAGCUGAAGCUGAUGAAUUACGGAUGAAGGGGAAAACCUUGUUACCAAUUUGUAAAUUAGCCAAAAAUGGAGUGUAUACAUCCCUUGUAAAGGAUGUUAGAGAUGCUUUUGAAGGAAGUAUUUUGGUGAAAGUUAACUGCAAGGGAUUGGAUCCUAGUGAUUACAAGAAAAUAGGUGCCAAACUCAAGGAUUUGGUUCCUUGUGUGCUGUUAUCUUUUGAUGAUGAACAGAUAUUGAUGUGGAGGGGCAAAGACUGGAAAUCAAGGUACCUGCAACCUGUUCCAAUUUUUACACCUUCAAAAGCUGGUUUUACAGGGAAUUCAGAAAAUUCAGGUGAGAUUGAUGACAACCAAACUAAACAUGACGGCAACAAUAACAAUGUGGUGAACUCAAGCCCAAAAAUGUUGUCUCUGUGGAACCGUGCAAUUGAGUCAAGCAAAGCUUUGUUGCUGGAUGAAUUUAAUCUUGGACCUGAUGCUCUCUUGGAGAAGGUGGAAGCAUUUGAGAUUGUUUCACAGGCGUUGGAGCACUCCCAUCCUGCAUUUAGUUUGUCAUGUAAAGAAAAUGGCUCUGAAGGUUCAACUGCAAGCUUUGAAAAUAGCUCUUCUAGUGAAGACUUUCCCACUGAAGAAGACUAUGGAAAUGAGGAUGAAGAGGAUUAUGAUGACCACCAUGAUGAUGCAGACCAUGACUCGUAUGAUGUGGUGGACAGAUCAGCUCAACCCGGAUCAUUAGGUGUUGAUAUGAUUUUGAAAAGGCUAAAACAAAUACCAUUCGAGUAA